AUGGAGGAGGCAGAGGAGGACAUUGCAGUCAUUGGGAUUGGAUGCAAUUUUCCAGGAGGUGAGGGGUUGGACAGUUUCUGGAAGCUUCUGCUGGAAGGAAAGAACUGCGCAGUCGAUAUUCCAGUUGAGAGGUUUGACACCGCUUUUUGGUUCGAUGCUGAUGACAACAAACCGGGAAAGACACAGACAACCCGAGCAGCUCUUAUAGAGGGGUUUGAUGAGUUUGACUGCAAGUUUUUUGGUGUUUCUUAGGUGGAGGCUGACUACAUGGACCCUCAGCAGAAACUCCUUCUGCAGUGUUCAUACAGAGCAUUGGAGGAUGCGGGAAUCGCUAUGGAAACCAUCAGCGGGAGCAGAACCGGCGUUUUUGCAGGUCUCAUGAACAGAGAUUACGAGAUGCUCAGAAGUAACAGUCCGAGCACAAUAACCCACUACAGCAGCACCGGGUCAGCAAUGAGUAUUGCUGCCAACAGAAUUUCCUUCACCUUCAAUCUCACUGGCCCUUCUUUUGCCAUCGACAGUGCUUGUUCUUCAUCUUUGGUCGCUCUUCAUGUAGCCUGUCAGGCUAUAAAACAAGGUGACUGUGACAUGGCUCUGUGUGGAGGAGUUAAUUGCAUCAUCGAGCCAAGAGUUUUUGUUGCUCUCAGCAAGACGAAGAUGAUCUCAGCUGACGGGACCAGCAAGACUUUCUCUCGCACGGCAGAUGGCUAUGGCCGAGGAGAGGGCUGUGGAGUUGUGCUUCUAAAACUUCUGAAAAAAGCUAAAGAGCAUGGCAACAAAAUAUGGGGAAUCAUUACCAAAACGGCGGUCAACCAGGAUGGACACUGUGCCACACCAAUCACCAAACCAUCCAUGGAUCAACAAGAGGAGCUGCUGAGACAAAUCUACUCAGACUCUGACAUUGCUAAUGUUCAGUACAUUGAAGCGCAUGGGACAGGAACUCCAGUUGGGGACCCGACAGAGAUGAGAAGCAUUUCAAAUGCCAUCGCCAAAAACAGACCUUCUGAUUCAGAGACACUCCUGAUUGGGUCUGUAAAGGGCAACAUCGGACACACGGAAUCUGCAGCUGGAGUGGCCGGACUCAUUAAGGUACUUCUAAUGAUGAAGCAUGAGACUAUUGUUCCCUCAGUUUUCUCCUCAGAAAACAGCACAAGUAUAGAUAUUAAAUCUCUACAUCUAAAUAUUCCAGUUAAAGUUCAAAGGUGGGAGAUAAAUGGGUUACAGGGAAGGAUGGCAGGGAUCAACAGCUUUGGGUUUGGUGGUACAAAUGCACAUGUGAUUUUAAGAGAGUGUAAUCACACCACGCUUACCACGCAGACACAAAUACAUUGUCCAAAUGUUUUUGUAUUAUCUGCAGCCACAGAAAGAUCACUAAUCCUUACCAUGAUGGACACUCAACAAAGACUCAGGAGCGAUCAAAGAGUUGACACACAGGCACUGUGCUACACCUCAGCCUGUGGAAGAAGUCAUUACAAACACAAAUAUAGGAAAGUCUUCCCAUCCUCCGCUCUGUCUGAGUUAGAACACAAUCUGAGCUCUACACUGAAAACAAAGGUUGAAUCAACAACAUUUAGCAUUCAGGUUGUCUUUGUGUUCUGUGGAAGUGGGGUUGCCUACAGGGGGAUGUGCAGGCACCUUAUGAGGAAGUUUGCUGUUUUCAGAGAAAAGGUCAGAGAAAUAGAUACUGUCUUCCAGAGAUACAAUACCACUGGUAUCAGUGAAGCACUGGCUGGUGAACCUGAAAACAAGGAUUUCAGGAAGCCAGAUGUGGCACAGCCUCUUCUUUUUGCCAUGCAGGUUGGCAUUGAAACUCUCCUGAAGCACUGGGGCGUCAAACCCGAUGCAACACUGGGCCACUCUGUUGGUGAGGUUGCCGCCGCUCACUGCUCAGGCCUUUUAUCCCUGGAGGAUGCUGUGAAAGUGCUGCACUACCGCAGUAUUCACCAGAGUAAAGUAUUAGGAGGUAAAAUGCUUGUAGUUGGCAAUGUAGAUGUGAAAAGGAUAGUGGAUAUUAUUCCAGUCUUCUCUGGAAAAGCGUGUAUUGCUGCUUUCAACAGCCCUGUGUCAUGCACUCUUUCAGGGGAUGCAGAGGCUGUAGACGACCUUCAUAAGAGGCUGAAAAGCAUGUUUUCAGAUCAAAACGUCUUCCUUCAUGUCUUAGAUGUUCCAGCAGCAUAUCACAGCCACAUGAUGGAUCCAGUAAUGGAUGAUAUCGAAAGAGGUAUCAAUGUCUUGGAAGCCAACAACAUGAAGUGUGAACUCUUUUCAACUGUAACUGGAGGAAAGUAUUCAGAUGGUGAUUUUACUUCAGGCAGAUACUGGGCGAAGAACACAAGAGACCCAGUUUUGUUUGAAAAAGCAUUAAAAGCAGUUAUCAGAGACAAACCAUCGAGGGGUAAAAUGGUCUUUGUAGAGAUUGGACCUCGUAGAGCUCUUUAUAGAAACAUAUGUGAGACUCUUGGAGCUGACACUGAAGUUCUGUCUUCUGCUGAUUCAAAUGACGAUUGCAACACAACCCUCUCAACAGUGGCAAAACUGUUUGAACUUGGAGUUAAUGUUAACUGGCACCAGCUUUACAAGGGUUGUGAGGCAUUGCUCACGCCUCUUCCAGUUUAUCAGUUUGACAACACCAAGAGGAAGCUGAACUUUGAAGCCUUGAGAAAAGGUCAGGAGUUUUCUGCUGUUGAACCACAUCUGCUCAUACAUCAAAUAAAACACAAUAAAGACUUUGUGUGCACUAUCUCUGCAGAGAAGGAACCAUAUCUUUGGGAGCAUAAAGUCAACCAUGUUCCCAUCAUGCCUGGUGCAUUUUAUGUUGAGUUGGUGUUUGCUUCAGUGAUGACGAACAUGAAGCUCAAGAUUCCUGUUUCCCAGCUCCAUCUCAGUGUUCGAUUUGAGAGCGUGCUCACACUCAACUCCAACUGCCAAAAGUUGAGGGUGAUUCUUGAGCACAAAGAUAAAGAAGUCUCUUUCAAAAUACAGUCUGCUGCUGCGACACAUGCCUCUGGUACAUACAGGUGUACAGAGAGUCCGUCUCUACUAGAGGAAUCAAACAUUCAUCUUGAUGUGAUAAAUCAGCGGUGCAAAUUGAUUUUAAAGAGAGAACAGAUUUAUUCUAUUCUUGCUCUGGCAGGAUUUCAGUACGGGCCGUUAUUGAAACAGCUUGACUGUGUGUGUAUUGGGAGUGAAUUCAAGGAAGCUGUGACUGUGAUUCGAGUCCCUGGUGAACUUCUCAAACAUUUCCAUGACUUUUAUAUUCACCCUGUGCUACUGGACUGUUUUCUCCAAAUGACUGCUGUGCUGGCAAUGGGAUACAUGACAGUAAAGCAAGGAUUACCAUCGGGUAUCGGGAGCAUUACCAUAUCAGGCCCUCUGCAGGAGGAAAUGGUCAUAUACAUGAAAGCCACCCAGCAGGGCCCAGAUUACCUGGAUGUGUGUGGUUGCUUUUCGACCCUACGGGGGGAUGUAUUGGUGGAACUCAAAGGGUCACUCAGAAAUAAUGUGGAUACUGAAAAUAUCCUUUUCAUUUGGGGUGUAGAGGACCUCAGCCACCUGUCAUGUGAGCAGGUGCUGGAUCGUUUGGUGACUUGCUGCGACAUAUUUCGCCAGACAGUCUUAGGACUGAAAGAGAGCAAGCAUCUUUGUACUGUUCAUGUCAUAACUUACAGAUCUACAGAGAAGACUGCGGACCACGUUAACUCAGGUUUCGUGCUUUCUGGUAUGUUGAGGGCUUGUGCAGCUGAGAUGCCAAGUAUUUCCUUUCAGCUGGUCGACCUUGCUUCUGUGACCACUGAAGACAUUGAAACACUGGCCCGUGUAAUCAACACAUGUAAACAACAAGACAUCAGGAUCAAUAGAGGGCAGGCUUCAGCAACAACUAUCACUAGGACCUCAAUGAAGGACAGUGCCAUGUGUGACGAGGAAAAACUCUCUAUGUUUCAGCAGAACUUUGCUCUACAGACUUCGGAUCCUUACAAAAUGACUCACUUGUCAGCGAUAGCAGCUGAUGCAAUUCAAAGACAUGUUCAUGGCAAGUCAGUUGAAAUUCAGCUAGGCAGUGUGUGCAUGCAUUCAGCAGAUUAUUUCCCAGUGAGCUGCACACAUUGGAGUUUUGGCAAGACAAUGUACUGGAACAAACAAACAUCACAUAAUCAUAAGUUAUUGGCUUUGGAUUUCAGUGGUGUGGUAACAGCUGUGGGUAAAGAUGUUCAUGAUCUGAGAGUGGGAGACCACGUUGCUUCAUGUUACCCAGUUGUCGCUAUGAAAAAGAUAAUAAUUCCAGAAGGAGUGUGCUACAGCACAAAGACACUCCCAUUUCUGAAAGAGACUCCAUGUGUAUUUUACUAUAUACUAGCAUGGUCUAUCAUGCAGAGAGUGUUGUCUGAUGUGCAAAAACAGCACAGGAAGUUGUGUAUCAUCACCUCGAACUCAGCUUCUGUCCUGACGAAGGUUUUGGCUCUUACAGCCAACAGAUCAGUGUCUGAUAUUCCUUUGCUCACGCAACCCAAACAGCUCUUUCAGCCAAACUGUGUUUAUGUUGUGAGUGGUGGGCUUUCUGGUUUGGGAUUUGAGACUGUAAAGUUCAUUGCGCAGAAUGGCGGUGGUUGCAUUGCCACACUGUCAAGAAGUACUUUGUCUGAUGAAAAGCAAAUUGAAGUUGAUCUGCUGCAGAAGAGGUAUGGGGUCAGAAUCAUGCAUGUCCAGUGUGACGUGUCUGUGUCAAAGCAGGUAGUUGACGCAAUCUCAAAUAUCAAACGACGCUUCUUGUCCUGUCUGGUCAAAGGAGUGUUUCACAGUGCGGCGGUGUUGCAUGAUGCACUGAUUGAAGCUCUUGAUGAGCCUCUCUUCAGAAAGGUGCUGCAGCCCAAAGUCCUUGGUGCACUGAAUCUUCACUAUGCAACACUUCACUACAAACUUGAUUUCUUUGUGUGCUAUUCCUCCAUCUCAUCAUUCAUAGGCAAUGCCUCACAGUGUAAUUAUGCAGCAGCCAAUUCUUUUCUCGACUCAUUCUGCCAUUAUCGGAGAAACCUUGGACUUGCUGGACAGUCCAUCAACUGGGGUCCCGUGAAUCUGGGCCUCCUGCUGAAUAAAAGCAAUUUCCAAAAGUUCUUGGAAGCAAAAGGCAUGAUGACAAUGAACGUGUGUGAGGUUCACAAGACUCUUCAAAAAUGUCUUGUAAUGAACAGACCCCAACAAGUGAUAUGCAAAUUCAACUUUCAGAAUCUUAACAUUCAUGUCCUUUCACAAAAUAAGUCUCUAAGAGAGCGACUGUCAGCUUUAGUGGAGGUGGAACUCAAAUCCCAUGUUUGCAAGGAAUCGCCAGCUCAUCAUGUGUCUUGUACAUAUGAAAAUGUGAAGGCAAUGGUUAGUCUGAUAACCAAUUUAAGUGUGGAUGAACUGGAUGAUGACUCCACUCUGGGUGCACUGGGGUUUGACUCCAUGUCAGCAAUGACUCUGCAGAACCAAAUUUUUCAGGAAACAGGAGUAAAUGUACCUUUGAUUACUAUACUGGACCCAAACAGUACACUGGCCAAGUUGGUAGCAGUUGUAUCAAAGAAUGGGUGA